AUGAAGGCUUUAUCUUAAUUUCUACAAACUUAUUUACAUUGGCAGCAAAACUGCUGCCCAUUUCGUGUCACUAUUUGUACGUAUGUUAAGUCAGUCAGUCAGCAGUUAGCACAUUAGUUUCGAAUCAAAUUCAAGGCAAAAUUUCUUGUUCGAAAUAUUAAAGUGCAUCGGUCAAGAUGGCCGACCCAGGAUGGCCCACCACGCGCUCCUAUCCCCAUCCCAAGCUGAGUGCCUCCCUCGUGGAGAUUGGCCAAUCCAAUCGCCAUGCGGACUGCUGCUUUCUCAUUGAAACAUCCUUCGGCAUCAGACGCUUCGCUUGCCACAAACUCAUCUUUAGCUGUGCCUCCGAGGUCUUUGAUCGGAUGCUGUAUGGAGACUAUUCAGAGGCCAACAGUGGCGAAGUGCGUUUGGAUGAUGUGGAUCCGGAUACCUUUGAGAAAUUCCGGGACUAUCUCUAUGGAUACGAGUACAACAAGCUGCAGAAAUACGAUUUCGAGACCCUGAUGCAGCUGUGCGAGUUUGGCAACAAGUACCUGGUGCAGUCCAUUGAGGAGGAUUGUGUCCAUGAGCUGCUCAGCCGCAAGGAUAACUAUGGCAAUGCAGAGCUGCUGCAGCUGUUCCAGUGCGCCCAUCGUCUAAACAAGCAGAAUAUGAUCGAACAGGUGGGCUGGGUCUUGAGAUGCAAAUACACCAGCCCCCUGACCCAGUCGGGGAUAUAUGAGUUCAAUCCAGAUGUGUUCAAGUCUUACCUGGAGGUGAUAGCCGGGAGAAUGCGAGAGGCAGAUCGCUUUUGCCUGCUGGAAAUGUAUCUUAAGCAUAAUGGGAUCGAUGGUAUUGAUGGUUCGACUGAGGCAGCAGUGCCUGCUCCGGCAGCUUCUCCUGGCUGUAAUAGCGAUAGUGAAGAGUGGGGAGAAGAAGUGUCUCCUACCCAAGAUCUACAGCAGCUGCAGCAGAUUCCAGCAGCAGCAGCAGCAACUACAACUAGUCACACUCUUUUGACCAAGGAAGAGGAGAAAAACAAUUACAUAACAGAGCUGGUGGGACUCAUAAACUUUGUCCGCUUCACUCCCAUGGAGUUCCACGAUGGUCCUGGCCAGUCCAGCUUUCUAACCCUGGCCCAAAAGUACGACUUUAUGUACAAGAUUGCUCGAAAUACUGUCCCGGAACUCGAUCUCAAGAUGGGUUUCGAUUCGGAUCAAUUUUCGGACAGGCGACGUCGGGAUACAACUCCACCACCGCCACCUCCUCCACCGCUGUUGUCCUGGCAUCAUACACCUCGGGUCUGUCGGCGUCAUCGCACUGCGGUCGGGCGGUUUGAUCUCUGAGUUUUGAAAGGAUUCACACCACACACAAGUUUUUUGUUGCAGUUUACUUUUUUCAAAUUAUUAAUUAAAAGGAUUCGAAAAAUCGUUUGUUGGUUUCAAAAUGAAACCCGAAUCGCAGGAGC